AUGGCGGAUGGCGUGUGCCUCUGGCGUGUGCCUCUGGCGUGUGCCUCUGGCGUGUGCCCACGCUGCGUCAGGUGGGUUCUUCGUCAGCGCUGGAGGGCUGCGCCGUGCAGCCCCUCGUCGGUCACUCUUCAUCUGGUCUCCAGAUCUCACACCGUCGUCUCUUCCUAGAGAACUAUCCGUGUCCCGUGUGUCCAUCGCGGUCACCACCACUGCUCCGGAGAGACCACUUGCUUGCGAGUGACCGAGGGAUCAACACCCUCCUGUGGUUUGAGAUACCUAAACCUCAAUUACUCUAGCUGCCUAUUCGCAGCUUUCUCAUCGGGUAGCUGCCUGCGCAAUUAUUUCAUUUUUCGAAAGCUACUGCCGUGAUUUGUUUGUACCAGGUAUAGUUACAUUUGCAUACAUAGAUGGAACGUGUUCCAUGUUAUUUUGCAGUUGCAUUGUGCGGUUGAAUUUCAGCGACUAGUUGUUCUGUUGCCCUCUCCCCCGUUUGCUGUCGCGUUCAGACUGUCUCUACGGAUAUCCCUGUCUCUGUGCGAGUUUGUUUAUGUCCUCGUCUGUCUUUGGUUUAUUUCGUUUUUGUUUUGUUUUUUUACUGGCACGUACUGUUGACCCUUGGGGUCCUUCCGGAAGGCUACCCCCCAGGCUGGUGGUGCGCACGUUCCACUAUUUAUUUAUUUAUUUAUUUUUUACUUCUUU